AGAACCCACAGUAAGCGUUUGGCUACGAGGGAGACGCUGCACCUUCUGAAGACCAGUGGGGUGCAUACUGUACUGUUUGGUUUAACGCGACAUUUUUGGGUGCAGGACAUUAUGGACACAGACGAGGAAGGGGAGGACGACUGCGACAUCAGCGCAGACUUGCUGGAUGCGUCAGUCCGUCAGCACUGGUAAACGCGCGGAGGUCGAGCGCGAUGUCGCGGAGGAAGACUCGAGCGCUUCGCGUUUGCUGUGUCGUUUCAGCGUGCGCGAGCAGGCGUGCGGGCGGCGCGCGCGACAGAGUGAUCCUUCACUUUGACCUGGACUGCUACUACGCUCAGGUGGAGAUGAUCCGGAACCCAGCCCUGCGGACCAAACCUUUAGGAGUCCAGCAGAAGUACAUUAUUGUUACCUGUAACUACCUGGCCAGAGAGCUUGGCGUCACUAAGCUGAUGUCGCUGAAGGAGGCUCUGGAGAGAUGUCCUCAGCUGGUGAUCGUUAAGGGAGAGGACCUCACCUGCUACAGGGAGAUGUCGUACAGGGUCACAGAGCUGCUCAUGUCAUACUGUCCCCUAGUGGAGCGGCUGGGCUUUGACGAGAACUUUGUAGAUGCUACAGAGCUGGUGGAGAACAGGCUCAAAGACACAGACAUCUCCAGUCUUUCCUUUGUGGGUCACAUCUACAAGCACGAUGCCUUAGCGGUGGACGUGCAGGAGCACGCCCGGCUGGCUCUGGGCUCCAUCAUAGCAGCUGAAAUGCGGGAGGCGCUGUGGAGCAGACUGGGUCUCACCUCCUGUGCUGGGAUCGCUAGCAGCAAGCUAAUGGCCAAGCUGGUAUCGGGCACAUUCAAGCCCAACCAGCAGACGGCGCUGUUGCCCCAGAGCACCGCUGAACUGAUGGGCAGCCUGGCUGGACCCUGCAAAGUGCCUGGGAUUGGCUACAGGACGGGUGAGUACACUGUAGUUAGCGCUGUGACUGUGUUAGGGAUUGGCUACAGGACGGGUGAGUACGCUGUAGUUAGCGCUGUGACUGUGUUAGGGAUUGGCUACAGGACGGGUGAGUACGCUGUAGUUAGCGCUGUGACUGUGUUAGGGAUUGGCUACAGGACGGGUGAGUACGCUGUAGUUAGCGCUGUGACUGUGUUAGGGAUUGGCUACAGGACGGGUGAGUACGCUGUAGUUAGCGCUGUGACUAUGUUGGGGAUUGGCUACAGGACGGGUGAGUACGCUGUAGUUAGCGCUGUGACUGUGUUAGGGAUUGGCUACAGGACGGGUGAGUACGCUGUAGUUAGCGCUGUGACUGUGUCAGGGGUCGGUUACAGGACGGGUAAGUACGCUGUAGUUAGCGCUGUGACUGUGUUAGGGAUUGGCUACAGGACGGGUGAGAAGCUGAAGGCCCUGGGUGUGCUGAGUGUCCGAGCCCUGCAGGUGGCGCCGCUGUUUGAACUGGCGUCUGAGUUCGGGGAAGCCACGGCUAAACGCAUCCAGAACCUGGCCUACGGCAUUGACCCUUCACCUGUGACCCCUGCAGGUCCUCCACAGUCGCUAAGCGACGAGGACUCCUUCCGGAAGAUCUCCACGGUGAUGGAAGUGGAGGGCAAAGUGCGAGAGCUGCUCAGCUGCCUGAUGGAGAGGAUGCGAAAGGAUGGUAGGCUGCCUCAGACGCUGAGACUCACCCUCAGACGAAGCACCGCACUGAAUCGCUGGUUCUGUCGAGAGAGCAGACAGUGUCCCAUACCUCACCACACCGCACACAGAGUUGUAACUGGGUGCAGUGACGCAGUGCCUCAGCUAGUUUCCAUAGCGAUGAAGCUCUUCCACAGACUGGUGGAUGUGGGGGAGGGGUUCCACCUGACCCUGCUGAAUGUGUGUUUCACUAACCUACAAGCCAAGGGAUCUGAUAGGAACUCCAUCAGCUCCUACCUCACACACACACCACCCACAGCAGCACACACUUCUACACAGGGGCAGGACAUGGUUGGGGGUUUGAGUCCUAAUGGUCCCUCAAGCCGCACCCAGACUAGAACUGUGGCGGGGGUAAAGGACACACACAAGCGUAAGGAACUCUUCCCACACACAGCCCUGUCUUCAUCAUUCUCCUCACCACCAUCAUCAUCAUCAGAACCAUUAGGCCAGAAGUCGCUGCCCCAAGCAGUCCAGGCCCAUACGCCCGUACCUCCCUGGCGACCAAUUCUGGAACAUUCUGAUGAGAAGAGAGUGGACCCUGGAGAUUCCAGAAGAGCCAGUGUUCUAGAAGAGAGGAAAGGUCCGGACCUCCCUCCCCACGUUGACCCAGAUGUGUUUGGAGCGCUUCCAGAACAUAUACAGAUGGAGCUGCUGGCCAGUUUCCAGACUGGAGGUUCGGUUCCAGAAGAUUCUACAGAAGCACAGGGUUCCGCCCACACCUCGCGCUUUGCAGAGCAGCUCACAGUGCACCCAAACCGAGAAGGAGGCUCACGACACAGGGAAUCCAGUGUGAGUCAUAGCAACCAUAGCAUGGCGCAUAACGAUGACUUCAGCACCGAGCAUGCCCAAAACGAGGAGCUCUGUAGGGAAGGUCAGAGGUCAGAGGAGAGGCAUGCCAUGGAGGAUGCAGCUGGUGUCCCUGUGGCUCAGACAAGCCACCCUGACAUCCCUCCCAAUGUGGAUCCCUGUGUGUUCUCUCAGCUUCCACCAGACAUGCAGGCUGAGCUGCUGGCAGACUGGAAACAACGCAGACCCACGCUCAAAGUCCCCUCCAAACUCGCAACCAAACACUCGGCAGCGCGAGCGGGCAAACCUGCUGCCAAGGGCUCUCAGAGCAACAGUCUGCUGAAAUAUUUCAAACCCAGCUGACAAGGAGCCGAACCAGGGCUACCCCCUCGUGUCUGGCUGGAGCUUGCUGCCCGCUGUCUCAGCUCAACAGGAUUUUAAAAGUGCCUGUGCUUUACUGUCCACCGAACAUGUUCCCUGUAUCUCUGUUCCGUUCUCGGGAAUCGGGCCGAGCUUGGUUCGCAGUUAUUUGAGAGAGCUAAUGAACGGGAAAGGGUUACUACAUAUACCAGAACAUUUCAAAUAGCCUAACACUGAGUGUUGAGUGUAAAAUACUUCGGAGUUGUACUUUUAUAAAUAAUUGGUGUUCGGAAUAACAGACAUGUCCUGUCUUUGUUAAUAAAACAAACGUGCCUUUUGAAAAAUUCA